UCUUACCAAGAGGAUAAUAUACUUUCCUUUCAUGCCUUAACCCCAAAAGAUCACCAAAACGUAACCCAUCCAGGAAAACAAUGCAAUCGCUACCACCAUCAAAAUUCUCUCUCCACUUUUUGUCACACUCUUCUCCUUCUCUAUCAUUUUCCUAAACCUUCCCUACCAAAUUUCUUAUUCCCAAUCCCCAAAUUCUACUUCUUUUCAAUUCUCUCUAAUCCCCUUCAAUGGCGUCUUAGCAUACCUGAGAUACCCCAUUUCCCCUUUUCUUUUGAUAGGAUUUUAUCCGCAUAUACAUACAUAUAGAAUGGGGGCGUCGCUCUCGAAUUCAGCCGAGGGCGGCGCUAACGGCGGAGAGAAUGGUCCUAGCCUCGGCGACAUACCGGAGGCGUGCAUAGCUUGUGUAUUUAUGUACCUUACUCCGCCGGAAAUCUGUAACCUUGCUCGCCUUAAUCGCGCUUUUCGUGGGGCCGCUUCGUCGGAUAACGUCUGGGAAUCGAAGCUCCCCCCUAAUUAUCAAGAUCUGCUUGAUCUUCUCUCUCCCGAGCGUUACCAGGGUUUCUCUAAGAAAGACAUAUUCUCCCUUUUAGCAAGAUCUAUCUCUUUUGAAGAUGAUACUAAGCAAGUGUGUGUGGAUAAAGUGACAGGGAGGGUGUGCUUAUCUGUCUCCGCGAGAGCAAUGUCGAUCACUGGGAUUGAAGAUAGGAGGUAUUGGAGUUGGUUACCUACUGAAGAAUCCAGGUUCCAGGUGAUUGCCUAUCUGCAGCAAGUAUGGUGGUUUGAGAUUGAUGGUGUUGUUAAAUUCCCUUUACCUCCCGAUAUAUACACUCUUACUUUCAGACUACAUUUGGGGAAGUUUUCAAAGAGACUGGGACGUCGUGUGUCUAACUUUGAACACACGCAUGGGUGGGAUAUAAAGCCAGUCCGAUUUGAGCUUACCACUUGGGAUAAUCAGCAUGCAACUUCAGAGUGCUAUUUGGAUGAUACAGAACCAGACGAGAUGAAGGAAAACCUUAAGCGCGGGUGUUGGAUAGAGUAUAAAGUUGGUGAAUUUAUUGUCAGAGAUUCAGACUCUGUACCUGAGGUAAGGUUCUCCAUGAAGCAGAUUGAUUGCACCCAUUCCAAAGGUGGGCUCUGUGUAGAUUCAAUAUCUAUCGUUCCUAGUGAUUUAAGAGAGAGAAGAAGAAGAUUGCUUUCAAAUUAGCCAUAAAUCAACAAAUCAUAUGUCUAAUAGUUAGUUAGCUGCCUGAGCUUUGCAUAUCACUGUCUGUCAUGCUGCUUAUUUUAGAAUAUCGAAUCUAUUUGGUUCUGUAAUCAUCACUUAAGUAGAUCAUCUUGUUUCGAUUUAUUCCACACACAAAAUUACCGAGGAAGAAUGUAGGGAACGUAUACUUUUUUUGUUUGCGCCAGAUUCUUGUUGAUGAGCUUGUGAUUACCUGGGUUUUGCUCUGAUUGUAAAUUUUUGUUGCAUUGUUGAUCACCACAUUUGUUAUCUGAUAUCUUUGUAGAUCUCCAGAGACUUGGAAUUUUUUUAUUAUUAUUUUUCUUUCUCGUGA